UUGAACAAAGAUUUCCCAAUAUGUACAAAUGCACACCAAUUAAGUUUGGUGAAAUAGCCAAGUGUCACCCCGAUACAAAUGUGACCCAUUGGGUGAUGAGAACAUUUUACUUGGACAUUGCCGAGUAUAUGAUGUGCCAGCUCAAUCUGGGCCUUAAUUAUAGCAAGCAUAGAGUGCCUGCGUUUGAUAGAAAUAUAUUAAUAAUUAAUUGUAAUAUUAAAGUGUUAAACAAAUCAGGCUUUGAAAUACCCGAGAUUAUAAUAGAGAUAUACAGGUCACUAGUGGGACAAUCGGCCCUGUAUAUGAAUAGGCUAAAAUGGUUUCGCCAAACCCGGCACGUGGGCAAAAGUGUACUAGAUAUUGAAACCGCUCACCACACACCAUGGUUUAGUUGCGAGCAAUACACAAAACUCCGGAUCAAUUGCACGCAAGUGUAUCUAAAUUAUAGCCUGGUCGUUUGGAUGAUAUUUUGGAUAUUAGCGGCUAAUAUAUUAACCAAAUGCAUAUCUAAUUUGCUAUUAAACGUGUUUUUGGUGAUUAAAUCCGAUCCCUAUUUUCAUACAUUGGCGGAUGUGGUCAAUAGUACAGAGGUGUCCAUCGCUGGCAACAAUUCACUCCGAGAGUUAAUGCAACCCAACCAUGGUCUAACAGAUAUUUAUGAUCAAUUAUACCCACGUAUGGCCCAGUAUGAGGACAAUCUUGACUUUUCCGGCGCUGAAUAUCAUAAAGUGCUGAUCGAUGUUGUGAUGGGACGGGCGGUGAUAUUCGCUCAGUCCAUGCGUAUACGUAAACUUCAGCUGAUGUACCCGACACUGGAGUUCAAACGAGCGAUCGAGGGCGGUUUAUAUCAAAACCACAAAAACUUAGAAACAUUACAGCAAAUGAUCACCGGUUUUAUGAGAGAUGAGAUUCACACCAAUCAGACACUGUUUCGCCGGAAACCCCACUUUGAAUACUCACAUGUGUUAACCCUAGAAGAGCUCUGGAGGGGUGGGUUCGCCCUUCUGGCCAUUGGACUGGCCAUCAGUUGUCUGACAAAUAUUGGCGAAAAAUUAUGGUCGUUUUUGUUGUUUGAAAAUCCGGUGUCUAGUCGUGAAUGUUAUGUUAGUGUAAAAGAGACAAAAAGAGUCGCCAUCGGUUUAAUAGCAGUAUAUUUAGUGAGAUUCUAUGUGAAAGUGUUUUCCCUACCCCGGGGUCCGUUUCCACUCCCAGUUGUGGGCAAUGCGUUGCGUAAAAAUACAAAAGUUAAUCAAUUCGUGACAAUCAAUGAAUUGCACAAAACCUAUGGCCGGGUGUUUACCGUAUGGAUUGGUGGGACGCCAAUGGUUGUGAUCGCGGGUUUGAAUUUAAUUAAAACAGCGUUUAAUUCAAAAAACAACGAAUUGAUGGGAAGACCAAAAGCAUUCAGACAAGCGCUGCCGCCGUCGGGCAGUAACGUCGCCUUCACAGACUACGGCCCGGUUUGGGCCAGUCUUAGACGUGUCGCACACUCGGCGGUCAGAAAACUGGUCGUAAGUGAGAAGUUGUCUGAUUUGGUGGACGAUAUCGUCGACGAGACCGUACAGAUCAUGAAGAAGACACACCCGAUUGGGACACCAUUUAAUCCCAAGAGUUUUAUUUACGCCUAUGUUCUCAAUAUAAUCGCUUCGUCCGCUUUCGGCAAACGAUACGAGUUUGAAGACAAAGAGCUCAAGUAUUUAGAGCAAGCAUUUGAGUACAUCAAAGCCAACUCUAACGCACUGGUAAUUUGCGAUCGCAUACCUGUCCUCAAAUUGUACCCAAAAUACGCAAAAGUAUUUGCAAAAAAUAUACAAACAAUGAGAGGUUUGGCUGUAUUUUCGCGACAGCAAUAUAUGGCUCACCUGAAGACCCAUUCCUCGGGAGUCGUCAAUGACUUCUGUGACGCUCUCAUUGAGGCUAAAGAGGAGGCCAUUCAAGAAUCAAAGGAAAACGCCUCGCAUUUAACCGAUGAAAAUCUUUCACUCGUUAUUUUGGACCUAUUUUUUGCCGGUACCGAUAAUACACAAUAUACUAUGCGAUGGAUUUUACUAUUGAUGGCAAACAAUAGGGAAAUGCAGAUUCAGAUGAGGGAUGAGAUCGAGUCUGUUAUCGGCGAUAGAGUGGCCACACAUGAGGACAGAAAUGAAUGCCAUUUUGUUAACGCUUUCAUCGCUGAAGCAUUGCGUUAUCGAGGGAUUACACCAUUUGGUCUGCCACACGUGGCCAUGGCUGAUAUGCAACUUGAUAAAUAUCACAUAAAAGAGGGAACAUUUGUUUUUGGAAAUCUUGUAUCAGUAACUCAUGAUCCAAACCUAUGGCCAAAUCCCGAUGUGUUCGACCCAAAGAGGUUUCUCACAAGUGAUGGUAAGUUCGGGUCAAACAUCCCGGGGUUCACGCCCUUCGGUAUCGGCCGUCGUAUAUGUUUUGGCGAAAAGCUGGCGCUCGCGGACCUGUUCUUCAUAACAGUGCGUCUCUUGAAGUCGACCAAUGAGUGUGUGUUUGCGUUACAGACGGGCGACGGGUCCGCAGAUUUGGAGGCCGACCCAAACAUACCAUUCCUGAGCACUCCUAAGCCCUACGAAAUUACGCUUGAAAUGAAA